AACCAAAAAAAAAAAAAAAAAUGCUGACAUGCAUAUCACGUUCGAAGCAAGGGUCAUGCGAGGACUCGCCGCCAGCUGAUCCCUCCAAACAAGCCCUUAAAACGCUCUCUUCUCAAAUCAAGGACAUGGCGCUAAAAGCUUCGGGUGCGUACCGCCACUGCGCGCCGUUCGCGGACCCGGCGGCCGCCAAGGACGCCGCGGCGGCGGAACAGGAGGCGGCUGCGGCGGAGAAGUUCCGGCGGCUGGACAGGCGGACGGGGAGCUCGACGGCGGCGGGGAGGAGAGAGCUGGAGGCGAGGCUGAAAGGGAUCUCGAGUGGGGAGGGGACGCCGGCGUCCGCGAGCGGGCGGCGGCUGGAGGCGGUGGUGUUCGUGGAGGAGAGCGAACCCAGGGAGUGGGUCGCUCAGGUCGAGCCUGGCGUCUUAAUUACAUUUCUGUCCCUGCCACGUGGCGGCAAUGAUCUCAAGCGGAUUCGCUUCAGGAUUGACGUGACGGCGUUUUAA